AGGCGAAUCUAAUAGAACUCUGUAUAUAAUAAACUUGGGGGAAAGCAUAGAGCGACUCAUAUCUCUCUCAAUGGCGGGUCGUGGCAAAACUCUCGGAUCCGCGGCUGCGAAGAAGGCCACAACGAGGAGUAGCAAAGCCGGCCUCCAAUUCCCGGUGGGUCGAAUCGCUCGUUUCCUGAAGAAAGGCAAAUACGCCGAACGCGUCGGCGCCGGAGCUCCCGUCUACUUAGCCGCCGUUCUCGAGUACCUCGCCGCAGAGGUAUUGGAAUUGGCUGGAAACGCGGCGAGGGACAACAAGAAGACGAGGAUUGUUCCGAGGCAUAUCCAGUUGGCGGUGAGGAACGAUGAGGAGUUGAGUAAGUUGCUGGGAGAUGUAACGAUUGCUAAUGGAGGUGUGAUGCCCAAUAUUCACAAUCUUCUUUUGCCCAAGAAGGCUGGCGGUUCGUCGAAGCCAUCUGGCGAUGACGAUUGAUCAAUCAAUCAACCAUGUUGUUCUUUUUCGUUUUUCGUGGGGGGGUUUUCUAGAUUAGAUUAGCUCUUUCUUUUACGUUUUCAAUUGGAUAUGUUCAUAUAUUGCUUCUUCAGUUUCUGAUGAAUUCAAGAUUCUUACAGUUGUUGCGGUUUCGAGUUAUGGAAGAAUUGUUAAAUUCGAAUGUAACAAUUCACAGUA